UCCAAGAUGGCAUCUGUUUCUAUGUCGAGCACUAAGUAAAUCCAUAAAACUUCAUAUUAUACCGCGAUCUCAAGCAAUUCGGCACUGAUUUCAAUACAAUGGAGUAGCAUGUGAUUAAAGAUGUUUAUGCCGUUCAGUGGAUUGAAGUCUGUACUUAUAUGAUGAAUGAAAUUCGGCAUAUUUUUAUCGUGUAAAUCACAAAGACGUAUUUUUAGUGACGGAUUGUCAUCGUUGUUUCUCAACGAUCUACUGGAUUUAUAUUGUAUUCAAUUCUUUACAAGUGAUACUAAGAAAUGGAGUACCCCAAAAACGGUAAAAAAGCAAAAAAUGGAGUWCGACAAGACGAACAGCUACUCAUUAACUAUUCUGGAGGAGAACAACAUACUGAAUCGGACUCAGAUCGAGUAAAACCACUCGARUUACCACCAACUCGACUUAGAAGGCCAAAAUCAAGGAAAAUCAGAGUGUCAUCCUCUAACUCCAAGAGUGUAUUUUCAUUUUGGAAUUUUUGUCAAGUUGUUUUUGUUAUUGUUGUUAUUGGUACUAUGAUAAGCAUGGURUGGUUCACAAUUAUACUCAAGACAUCACUGGAUAGCAUGAAGAAAAGAGUGUCUAUUUUGGAAACUUCUGAUAGAAGCACAUCAAAGGAAUGUGCCAAUAAAGGAGAUGAACUCCAGAAGAAAUUAGAAGCCUUAAGAGAGACUACAGCAGGUCUUGUGGCAACAGAUGAUAAGCAGUUUAAGUCRUUAUUAAAAAGGUUUUCAAUAUUAAACAAAACAGUUGAKUCACUGCAUAAAAGAUUGAAAUCUCCAAAAAGUGUGUCUUCAAUUCAUUCUGAUAUCAGUCUGCUAAAGAAAGCCAUGGCUGACACAGGUCGAGAAAUGACUGAAGUCACUGAUAAAGUCACACAAUUGAGAAGAAUAGCACAUCUACAAAACAAUAAUAUCAAGCACCUGAAAGUGCAGAUGUACAAUGUUACUGUCCAAUUAGCCAAACUUGCCGGUAAACCAACUCCACGUCCAGUAAUUAAUACUGGUACACCMCCCUGGCUGCUUCGCAUGCCUGCAGAUAGCAACAGCCAUUCAAAGCCAGAGGCAUCUCUAGURGAGAUGGAGAAAGUCAGGAAAAAUAUCACAUCUUAUGUAAAAAAAGAUAUCAGUAAAAUUGUAGCUUAUGUCAAACGAGCCAAUAAGUCAGUUCACAGUCAUGUCCAUAGCCUACAAGAAAAGCUGUCUACUUUAGUCAAACACUUCGCAAAUCACAAGGCGUUAAUGGAAACAUUAAUCAAGAAAUCAAAGCAAGACAUCACGGAGGGAAAUGAAACGACUAUCCAUCAUACAGAUGACAGUAUUGACUACGAAAUCAGUAACCUGACACGCCUUCUGGAUACUUUGACAGAUCAGUUUGGCUCGCAAAACAAGAAAUUUGARGAACUGUCAUUAGAUGUUACAAGUAUCAAUCAUACUUUACAUGGAUAUAUCUUGAGAAACUCCAAAACUACUCCUGCGUCUUGCAAUUGUUCGUUGGAAAAUGUUUGGAAAACAUUGUCAAAAGAUGAAGGCUUGAUGAAWACAUUGCAGUCUAAAACAGAUGAACUUCAAAAAUCAAUAGAGCAGCUUCGUCAAAAGGAAACAUCACCAACGUUAGCUACACCCGUCAUAACAGCAAAUGAAAAUACAACACCAGCGAAACCAAAAAAUGAGUCAGUAAAAACUACGACCAAACCAGAACAUACCAAACGAGAUAUUCMAACAAGCACAGWACGACCAACAACAUCAAMAGAAAAGUAUUCAACGGUGAACCAAACAGAUAUAGGUGAGGUUUCACAAACAACUAAAGCACAUACARCACAAAUAACAACUCCRUCAUCGAAGACAGACAAACGAACAACAGACGAAGAUGAUGAYGAUUUAAAUUCAUGGCCUGGUGGAGAUGAUAUCGAUGAUCAAYCACUACCCAAUGAUUCACCAUAGAGUCGUCCAUGAAUAUGGUAGCGAAAUCAGAGGACYAUAAUAUUAUUACUGGUUUUGAUAGUGCCAGACUAUGACAUGAGAUUUAAAAUGUUUUAUAAAGAUUGGUUAAUUAAGUUACCUUCACUGCGAUGAAUCAUGGGAAUUAUGAUAUAAAAGAAAUAAUGAAGUACUUUACCUAAAGACUCGUUUUACAGUCGAUAUAGAAAAGAWGUCAUCAUGUGGUCUUGACGUGCUAUGGUUACUGAAUAUGAAUAAACUGAUAGUAUUACCGAGGCRCGAUGUAACUGAGAGUAGUCAUGACUGCAAGGAAAGAUGGGUAAUCGUGUAUUACUGAAGACUGCUUGCUACAGUCAAUUUAAGACUGUGCUUUAAGACUGCAAUAUAGGCACUGUUGAUUAAUGGUGCCUAAAAUACUACAAUGAUCUCAAUCUUGUAAAUAGAAAGCUCAUAAUUAAUGWCGUGAUCCGACCAUAAAGUUAUAUCAUAUUGUCUAACUGUUCGAUGUGGGAAAAGACUGAAGCAAAACUAAUUAAUGAGCAUGCGCUCUAUCAAAAAUAAGUCACAUCUGAACUUGCGUGACGUGAGUGUCGCUUUGCAUGAUGGGAAUGUACAGCGGCGGACUGAUUCAUUUACAAAUUAAGGUCGGUUUUAUAUUCUUCGUAAUUAAAAGACUUAGAAAUGUUAUCAAGAAAAGUGAAAUAAAUAAACGUAUAUGGAUACAAA